UUUCACACGGUAUAAAACCAUAGCAAUCCUACCUCUAUCACUCUUUUCUUUUCCCCUUUCUACGUGAUUUACACCACUGUAAAAACUCUCUCUUUCGUUCUUAGCUUUCACUCGAUUCAAAAGAAAAUAUUUUGUUUCAGCUUGUGAUAUGUUUUUAUCGAUACUUUGUAAAUCCUCAAUCAAAAAGUUUUGAGUUUCUCUACUUCACGUGAAGGUUGUGAAUCGGACUAAUACGAUCUUACAUGAGUUUCUUGAUCGAGUAAUAACAAAAAGCGUGACACUAAAUUUUAUUAGAAAUCUCACAGGAUCAAAUUUUUAUAAAGUAUAUUUUUAUUCUAUCAUAUCUCAAAAUAUGGAGCCGAAAUGUGAUUAUUGCGCAACCACACAAGCAAUAAUUUACUGCAAAUACGAUUUGGCUAAACUAUGCCUAAAAUGUGACGUCCAUGUACACUCCCCGAAUCCUCUGUCUCGCAGACACAUGCGUUCUCUGAUCUGCGAGAAAUGCUUCUCACAGCCUGCCGUUAUUCGCUGUCUCGACCAGAAGGUUUCAUAUUGCCAAGGAUGCCAAUGGCAUGUACGCAGCUGCUCUGCUUUAGGACACAGACUUCAAAGUCUAGAGCCAUUCUCCGGUUGUCCUUCUCCAACAGAAUUUUCCAGAAUGUGGUCUUCAAUUCUUGAACCUUCUGUUUCCAGUUUGGUUAAUCCAUCCAUUGGUUCUUUGCCCUCGGUUGAUCCCAACAAUGACAUGUUCGAGAUGUCAAAAAUCAACGAGCUAGACGAUUUGAUUGGUUCCUCUUAUUCAAUGAUGUCACAAAACAUCACUUACAUUCAGAAUCUCAGUGAUCAAUCAUCUUUCUUUUCUGGGGAUUCUAAGGGAUGUCCUCAUUUGAUUCUAAAACUUGAAGAAGGCGAAGAAGAUCUGUGUGAGGGACUUAACUUGGACAAUGCGCCUUUAAACUUUGAUGUUGGAGAUGAUAUCAUCUGCUGCUCGCCACAAGAACACAUAGAAUCUGAUCAAACAUUACCAAAUGGUCUCUUGGCUUACAAGAACAUCAUAUCUGUUACCGACUCAAACUGUACUACUGACAACCCUUUAGAGGCAACGUCAACAGGACAGCAAGAAUGUAAAAGUUAUCAUCAGUCAGGUCCGUUGCAAAUGAACAUCAACAUUGGACUUCCUCUUCCGACAUCCCCUAUCUUGUUCGGACAGAUCAAUCCGAACAUCAAAGGUCAUGAAAGCACUGCAGUGGAUUACCAGGAUUGUGGUAUGUCUACAGGGUUUAUAAUGAGUGAUUCGCCAUGGGAAUCAAAUCUUGAAGUUAGUUCUCCACAAACAAGGAAUGAAGCUAAGUUGAGAUACAAAGAGAAGAAACUCAAGCGCACUUUUGGGAAACAGAUUCGAUAUGCAUCUCGCAAAGCGAGAGCUGACACGAGAAAAAGAGUGAAAGGAAGAUUCGUGAAAGCUGGCGACAAUUAUGACUAUGACCCAUCAUCACCAACCACAAAUCAAUGAGUUUUCUUUUCCCUAAAACAACUUUUUUUUUUGAAUCGAGGAAAUCAACAUGUUUCGGCAUGGGAACGUUGGAGUACUGCACGAAGAAUGCUUAGACGUAGUGAAAGUGACGAAUUGGGUGGAAAGCCAAAAUGGGUGAAAAAUAUAGUAAUUUUGCUUCGUUUUUUUUACUGAAAUUCUUUUGUUUUUCUUUUAUGUUUACCAAUAAUUUUCUAGCUUUUAUGAUAAAUAAAGUACUAUGUCUUUCUCCAUAAGUUAGUUGUUUCAGAGGACGCGG